GGCCAAAAUGUCCGCCGCUUUGAAUGAAGCCCCGGCGUCCGUUGCAUCCGCGCCGGCUAUACCGCGCGUCGUAGGCGAAACGUAACACUAGGCCAGCCAGUCGCAUAUGGCCUCGGCCAUCGGCGCGUUUCUAACUCCAGGUUGCAGGCCUCGGGCUUACCUGUAACCGUCGGAGCUGGACCACCGGCAGCAGGGGCAGUCACCGCCUUCGGAUCGCCUAGCCGCAACUCUUCGCAGGGUAGCAUGGCGGCCGGCGUGCGAAUCUCAGGCUCGUCGAUUGACUCGCAGGCCCAGCGCUUACAGCGCCGCGUAUCGUUGGCUGUGGCGACCGUGUCACCGGAGCCGGAUGUCGGCAGCGGUGGCCGCUUCUCUCUUCCGUGGCGCCGGCCGCGCAUCCUGAUCCGCCACCACAACCAGGUGGUGCUGCCCGGCCGCGAGUCCCCGAAGCGCGCAGGCCAGUUUCAACGGUUUCGCGCGGACGACCGAUCUCUCGUGGCCGCCGUCAUGUCGUCGUUCCGUUCCAAGGAGCCGGAUGAACCCGAGGGCCAUGAGGAACGACAGUUGCAGCGUAACCAGAAGGUUCUGGCGGCUCUCUGCGUGUGCGGCAACAUGACCAGCGUGGCGGGAAGCAUCGCCAGCUAUUGGUUCAUGCCGGGCGCAGAAGCUAUCGCCGCCAACAUGGACAGCUCAUCGCUGUCCUUCUGGAGCUGGACGCUGAUCACGCUGCCGGUGUCGCUGGCUGCGUCGGCGCUCUCCUCCGUCUGCGUCUACUACGGAAGCCUGCACGCCCAUGAUAACCAGCUCAACGCCCAAGCAGAGGAGAUCAUCUGCUGCUACGCCAGGCUGAGGCUGAACAGACUAGAAAAAUGCAGGUUCUUCGAACUACUACAUAUACUCUUUUGGAUUGGAUACUCUGGAACUAUACUCGGAUGCAGAUUCGCACAAAGACAGGAUCUGAGCACGUGCUUUCUCGGCGCAAUCGUCCUGCUGGCGUCGGCGGCGCUGCCCCGAGCCGGAAGUCCAGCUGCGAGGCCGAGCCCGAGUCAAUUUCGGGCCAAGGUGGACGUGGACGGCGACGAGUCGCCCGAUUUCCAGCCCGUCGCUUCGCAGUGCCUCGCGUCGCUCGCCAGCCGGCUGCCGUGGGGGGUCAUAGUCGUCUACGGCGCCGCAUCGGUCAUCACGCGAGUCGCCGAGACCACGGGCCUGGCCAAGGUGGCGUUCGACAACCAGUUCUGGAGCCAGCAGUCAGAUCUGAUGAAGCAGGUGCUCCUCACCGUCGCCUCAUCGCUCAUGGCUGAGUUCAUGACCGCGGCCGCUCUGUGCGACGCCAUCCUGCCCAUCGUCAUCAACCUUUCCACGGGCACGGAGCACGACGCCCUCUACUUCGGUCUGCCAGUGGCGGUGGGCGCUUCGGUGAACACCAUCCUGCCGGUCUCCCUGCCGCUCGUCAUGCUCCACGACAUGGCGCCAGUCACACGCAAGCAGCUGAUCCUGACUGGCGCCUUCGUGAAGACCGUAGUCGUGGCCAGCAUCCUGCUCUCCAUGAACACCACGGGCGAAUACGUAUUGCACAGCACCAAGCAAUUCAACAGCACCGAGAGCAUCAAGCCGGCUUAAGAACGACAAACACACAGUCGUCCACAAAGGAACGAACGUGCACGCUCAACAUCCGGACAACCGAAGCGUGCCAUUGGCUACGACUAACUUAUAGGCCACGAUGGUCGACUAAAAUUAUUCGUAUUGUCUCCGUACAGUUGUGAUAUAGCGUAAUUGUUUAAGGCUCGGCCGUCGAACAGCAGUUUACAUGUAAGAGCACUCGAAAGCUGCAUUUAGAGCCUCUUUCGCAAGCGAUUGCUGAGACCGUUUGAUGGAACGUAAGGACUCCAAAUGCAUUCGCUAUGCAAUAUUAUGAUUUAAAGAAAGAAAGGAAAUGAAGUGGGUUCUUUUUACCACCUAAAAUGGCAUGAGCUGCGACCUACGUUAAGUGCGCGCCAGCUGCUAGGAUGUUAGAUCAGUCACACGACGCGCUCCUAUGUUGGAAAUAGGGCACGGUCAAUAAUUGAUUGAUUGGGUCCAACGUUCCAAAGCGACACCUGCGCAUUAUAACAGGCGUCGUAGCGAAAUACAAUGAUGUAGAGACGUCGAUUUGGCCACCUGUUUAUAGAAAGCCGGUUGGUCAAAAUUCGGUGUAAUCUAUACUGCGGCGUGCAUCUAUCAAAUCGUAGUUUUGGCACAUAAAACCGGAGAAUCUAAUUUUUUAGUGCAAAACUUCAAUAUAGAAAGUUGUAGAACGUUCAUGGAAAUGUAUAAUUCAGAAGCUUCUAGCUUCGUACUUGUUACCUUAUUUACAUAUCUUUUUUGCGUCACAAAGAAGGCGCGUGCAAUAUGAAAUAAAUAAAAUCAUGACAUGACCGCU